AUGGAAUUCUUCUUCUCGCUCUUCCUUACCAGUCUCUUUAUCUGCAACAUAAAAGAUAGUGCAACAAUAGUGAAUCUGUCGCUAUUUGUUGCAUCAGAUAUAGCAAUACCAACGUUGGCAUCUCAAGGUGCAAGACUCUCUGCAGUAGAUAUAUAUCGCUUUUUGACAACGCAGAAGCCUGUUGUUGCGGUUCAGCCGCUUGGCUUAGAAUUAGCCAGAGAAUACCCUAAUUCUUAUUUUGCACCUGUGGUCCUUGCGGACGAAAAGCCUAGCAAUGUCGAAUUCGUAGAAUAUAAUGUCCUUGAUGGACUUCCUUUUAAUAGCAACUCGUUCGAGGGUCACCGGUUGGGCGAAGCUUAUCUCCGAGGCAGUGAAGUAAGGGAGAGUAAAACACCACGUGCCAGAGCUGUUACCUCAGUAUAUACAAGACCACAAUGGACUGAGCUUGCUAUUCCCGAGUAUGUGAGAGUUACCAAGCCAGGUGGAUGGGUGGAGUUGAUGGAGUUUGAUGCAAUGUUAAGAACCGAGGGACCUGAUUGUGGCAGCUGGCUUGGAAAUCCGGGGCUUUCUGGUUGGUUUACGAACAUUGGUUAUGCGGAAAAGUCUGCCCCGAUAGGACCAAAGGGAGAAAAAUACGUCGAAAUGGGAAUACAAGACUGGAGAGAUUUCUGGCGUGGAAUGAAAUUCCCUUUUUCGUCAGUAAUGCAGGUGUCUGGGGAACACUAUGAUGCUAUUUCCGAGGCUGCAAUCAAAGAGUGCAUAGAGCAUGGUGUCAUUUGGGAACAUAUGAGGGCGUGGGUUCAGAAAAAGGAUCGUGACUGA